AUGAACAUCGCUUCAGAGUUCUUGAGCGAAACGGAAGAGCUACAGAGCGUCAUUUCGAGCCUAGGUCUCCAGCCGCCCUCGAUGGAAUUCAUUGAUAAUGAUUCGCGCAAAUACCACCCACAAUUCCAUCCCAGCGUGAACUACGACCGUGCCGCUCCUAAGACUCCAACGAGGUAUUCAGAGAGCGUGCAGCUGUGGAAUAAUAUUUUUCCCGCGGCUAUGAAGCGACUCAAGGAACAGCCUUUACUCAGAUUGAAACCAGAACUCAGGAUUCGGGAUAAGACGUCUUGGGAGGAUGUAUACGUCCAGCUACAAAGAGCGCAGUGGGUAAAUAAGAGCAACGGGGAAGAUCGUAUCAUGCGACCCCCAAAAGGUGAUCGAUGGCUCUUUGAUCACCGUGCACCUGGUCCAAUAGCAGCAAUCAUAAACCUUCUAGAUGUUCGCAAAGACUUCCUAUUGGGCGGAAAUGCAGGAAGCGACUUCUCUAACUGA